AUGGGUAACGAAGACAUCAAAAAGGACGUUCCACAGAAGGACUGGACUGAUGAUGAGACCAACCCAUUCGUCGCCUUCCGGCGCUACGCCGAUGAGCAGGUCUCCACCAUGCUUCAAUCUAUUACCGGGCUCCCUUCAAUGCUGACACAACCUCACAACGGCCACUGGGAUAUAUUUGUGGAUAAUCACAGCUAUGACAGUCGGUUGGCUCGUCAGAGAACUGGUGAUAAUACGAACAGCAAUUUUCCAACGGACCGCGACCAUGGGAGUGGCUAUCCGGGAAACAGAGAUGGAGAUGACGCACGCAAUGGAAAUAAUGCACCACGAUGGCCUGGCAACGAUGAUUCGAGAAACUCUGAAUCUUGGAGAAAGUGGUGUAAUGGACCAUCCGACUUCUUUGGCCUUGAUGCUUUCUUUGAUCGUUUCUGGCUGGAGGACCGUCUCUUCCCCUUUGCUUCGCAACUCCUACACUCCGGCCACAAUCUUCUCGUCAGGGAUAUGUUUGAGGACACCGACUCGCCAACUUGGCCGAUUGGGUACAUUUUGUUUAGUCCGUACUCGCCUCUCCAUCUAGAACACCAAGCACAUUACCAAGCACACCGUGAAAAGGGUGUUUUCUCAUCUAUCAUGUCAUCCUUGCAUCUCAGCUCCGAUCGUGAUCCUUCCGAACCACAGUGGCGAGAAGCCUUCGAGGAUUUACUCCGACUUGAGAACGAUAAGCCGAUGCUUGAUCGCGAUGCCUCCGUCACGAGAUCCGAAGCCGGAAAAGAUUGGAUACAAGGACUUGUGAAAAGAGGCAGCUUGGGAGAUAAAUGGAAGUAUGUGAAUGGCAAAGACGGUCAGCCUUGGUCGGGCAUUACGUUCUCUGGGGUGGGUCUGGGCCUAGACCAGAACCAGCCUCGAUCUUGGUCUUGGUCUCUACCCGAAAAGGAAAAAGAAUCCGCGGAUACAAAGGAGGCUGAAAGCGAGCUGGAUUUGUAUGAGCGCUUCUUACGUGAUAUCGAGAACCGCGAACGUGAAUUCUUCCGCGGUGCCUCUGAAAGCCCUCUUCUACGUCUCCUCCUCGACGAGCGACGGCAGCAACAGGAAGAACUUGAGAAAUACAGACGCAGCACUCCAAGGGUCGAUGAACACAGCCGUGACGAUAAUGAGAAUUGGAUCGAUCUUGUGUCUGGCGGAAACAAAAAUUCAGUUCCUGAAACAGCCGAGGAUUUGCCCACCGAUAUCGAGACCAAGCCAGCUGAAGCUGUCUCGGAGGCGAAGUCUCGUGUUGUCUCCACUAUGACUCGAACGGAACGCGUGCGGCUACCCGAUGGCUCGGUUCAGAGUAAGACCGUCAACACGAGGCGUUUCGCAGACGGCCGAGAGGAAAGCGACGAGUCUGUUGAGGUGUCUCAUCCUCAAGAAGGUGCUAAGACCGAGUCCAAUACGUCGAAGAACGGUUGGUUCUGGAAAGACUAG